AACAAGUUUAUUUUUAAGCUAAGCUCUGCAUUAAUGACGAUCAAAAUGUCUGCAUGGCUUCUCUUGCUAAAUAGUUUUAAUUUUGCUCUACUUAUCUCAGGCAUCACAGCUGCUCGGGACAUUAGAAAGUCUUACAUCGUCUACAUGGGAGAACAACUCAAAGGCGAAUUUGCUAUGUCAUCGUUUCACCAUCUGAGCAUGCUUCAGAAAGUUAUUGGCAGCAAUUUUUCUCCAAAAUCUCUUCAUCAUAGCUUCACAAGGUCAUUCAAUGGGUUUGUUGCAGAACUUACUGAGGAUGAAGCACAAAAAAUAGCUGGACUGGACAAUGUUGUAUCAGUGUUCCCUAGUGAAGUGAGGACACUUGACACAACAAGGUCUUGGGAUUUCUUGGGAUUUUCUCAGCAAGUCCAAAGAGCAACUCUUGAAAGUGACAUUAUUAUUGGUGUGUUUGACUCAGGAAUUUGGCCAGAAUCUGAAUCUUUUAAUGAUGAAGGAUUUGGUCCACCACCUAGUAGAUGGAAGGGCAGCUGCCAAGUCUCAUCAAAUUUCACCUGCAACAAUAAGAUCAUUGGAGCAAAAUAUUAUCGUGAAAGUGGAUCAUUUCGCCCUUCAGACGAUAUCUCUCCUAGAGAUACUAAAGGCCAUGGAACACAUGUAGCAUCAACAGCAGCCGGUAACAUAGUUAGCGAGGCAAGUGUAUUAGGUGUUGGAUUAGGAACUGCCAAAGGAGGAGUUCCAUCAGCUCGUAUUGCAGUAUAUAAAGUAUGUUGGGAAAAAGGUUGCAAGGAUGGAGACACUCUUAAAGCUUUUGAUGAUGCAAUUGCAGAUGGAGUGGACAUCAUUUCUAUCUCAAUUGGAGAGGAAAGUCCCGAACAUUAUUUCAAGGAUCCAUAUGCUAUUGGAGCUUUUCAUGCAAUGAAAAAUGGUGUAUUUGUAUCAAUUUCUGCUGGUAAUCUUGGUCCUGAUCCUUCAUCGAUUACAAAAUGUGCUCCUUGGUAUCUUUCAGUAGCUGCUAGCACCAUUGACAGGAAGUUCAUAUCUAAGGUGCAACUAGGAAAUAACCAGAUUUAUGAGGGUAUUGCUAUAAACACUUUUGACCUAAGCCAAACAAUGUAUCCUUUGAUUUAUGGAGGAGACGCACCAAAUAAGGAUGGAAAUUUUACUCCUGCUCAGUCUAGCUUGUGCGAAGAAAAUUCCCUGGAUCCAGAUUUAGUAAAAGGUAAAAUUGUUCUUUGCGAUGACCGGAUCAAUGGAGAAACAGCAUUGCUGGCCGGAGCAAUAGGCACGGUGAUGAAAGGACGGAGCCACAAACAUCGUGCUUAUAAUUACCCUUUGCCUGCAUCUUAUAUUGGUGACAGCGGGGACGAGAAUAACAGUAUACUUUCAUAUAUAAGAUCAACCAGCAACGCUAUAGCUACUAUAAAUAAGAGCAUUGAAGUAAAUAAUCCAAUAGCCCCUUUUGUCCCCUACUUUUCCUCAAGAGGUCCUAACUCAAUUACACCUGACAUUCUCAAGCCAGAUAUAGCUGCACCAGGAGUUAACAUCCUAGCUGCAUGGUCUCCAGUUCGUUCAGCAACUGGACUUGAUGGUGAUAAUAGAUUUCUGCUUUACAAAAUCACAUCAGGAACAUCAAUGGCCUGUCCUCAUGCAACUGGAGUAGCUGCCUACAUCAAAUCAUAUCACCCCACAUGGUCUCCUUCUGCUAUCAAGUCUGCUAUUAUGACGACUGCUUCACCAAUGAGUUCUGAAUGGAAUUCUGAUGCUGAAUUUGCAUAUGGUUCUGGCCACAUAAAUCCUCUGAAGGCAAAAGAUCCUGGAUUAGUAUAUGAUGCUGAGCCAAUCGACUACAUAAAAUUUCUCUGUGGACAAGGAUAUGAUAUAGGUCGUCUAAGACAAGUUACUGGGGAUUUUAGUGUUUGUUCUGAGGAAAAUAAUGGAACAGUUUGGGAUCUAAAUUAUCCUUCUUUUGCACUUUCUACUAGAAAUUCAACAUUAGUUACUAGUAGGGUUUUUAACAGGACAGUAACAAAUGUUGGGUUAGCUAAUUCUACAUAUAAGGCCACUGUGACUUCCCCUCCUGGACUUAAUAUUGAAGUAAAUCCAAGCAUUUUAGCUUUUACUUCUCUUGGUCAAAACCUAUCUUUUACACUUACAGUUGAAGGAAACAUUGUUAGUUCUAUGGCUUCUGCUUCUUUGGUUUGGGAUGAUGGAAUAUAUCAAGUUAGGAGUCCUAUUGUUGUUUUCUUCCCUCCUAAUUUUUCUUUUUGA